AUGUGUAAGAAGUAUGACCAGUCUAUGAAUCAACCACAAGACAGCACGUAUCCUGGUGUCAGACAUGAAGCCCUCAACACGUUUAGAUCCAAUCUGAUGAAGAAGUUUGAGCGUCUGUAUGAGGGAACAGCGACGCAGGGAAACCCAACACUCCUGAAUGAGAUCUACACAGAGCUCUACAUCACAGAGAGUGAGAGUGGAGAGAUCAGUAAUGAGCAUGAGGUGAGACAGAUUGAGACACAAUCCAGGAGAGCAGCAACAGAGGACACAGCCAUCAAAUGCAAUGACAUCUUUAGAUCUUUACCUGGACAAGAAAAAGCCAUCAGAACGGUGCUGACAAAGGGAGUCGCUGGCAUUGGAAAAACAGUCUCUGUGCAGAAGUUCAUCCUGGACUGGGCUGAAGGGAAAGAGAAUCAGGACAUCCAGCUCAUAUUUCCACUUCCUUUCAGAGAAAUAAAUCUGAUGAAGGACAAAACACUCAGUCUUUCAGAUCUUCUUCAUAUCUUUUUCCCUGAAACUAAAGAAAUGGAAAUAUCCAGUGAUGAAUAUGAAGUGUUGUUCAUCUUUGAUGGUCUGGACGAAUGUCGUCUUCCCUUAUAUUUUCAAAGAAAUGAGACACUACGGGAUGCAAACAAAGAGACAUCAGUGGACAUGCUGCUGACGAACCUCAUUGUGGGGAAUCUGCUUCCUUCUGCUCUCAUCUGGAUCACCUCCAGACCAGCAGCAACUGAUCACGUCCCCUCUGAGUGUGUCCAUCGAGUGACAGAGAUACGAGGCUUCAAUGAGCCACAGAAGCAGGAAUACUUCAGGAAGAGAAUCAGUGAUCAGAGUCUGGCUAAUACAAUCAUCUCACACCUGAAGUCAUCAAGGAGCCUUUACAUCAUGUGCCACAUCCCAGUCUUCUGCUGGAUCUCAGCCGCUGUUCUAGAGAAGAUGUUGAGUCCAGCAGAGAGUGGAGAGAUUCCCAAGACUCUCACUCAAAUGUACACACACUUCCUGAUCCUUCAGACCAACAUCAAACAUGAGAAGGACUAUGAGAAGAAGGUGACAGAUGAAGACAUGAUCCUCAAACUGGGGAAAGUGGCUUUUCAGCAGCUUGUGAAAGGCAAAUCCAGAUCAGUUCAGUAA